AUGUGGGGUAAAGGCAUUCUGCUGGGUCUCUGGUGGCCAUGUGAUGUUCAUCGUCACUCUAGAAAACAAUACAUACUGAUCGAUACCCACCAUUGGCCGAAAAUUGGUUUAACCAUGGAUGACAGGGAAAUUGAACAAGUGUAUCAGUUUUUAAAAGCACAAAUAGUGCCGUCCGAAGGGCAAGGCUCCAAUGAAGAAGAGGAAGAAAAAAAAACCAACGGUGAUGAAUUUACCAGUCUCGACGAAAUGCAACGGCUCAUCGACUUAGAUGCAACAUAUAAUUCGGAUUCUCAACUACAAGACUAA